AUGCCGAACGGGAGUCGCAGAACAUCCAAACACUUUAAGAAUCACAGAUUGCGUAAAUACAUUGCUUUGACAUAUUCCCUGCUACACAAGGAAGAGGCUGCGCAUGAAGAAAGCAUUUGGUCUUGUGCGUGGGGCCGAUAUAAGAUUAGGCAGGAGGACGCCGAAGAGGAAAACGACGACAACUCACGAGAUUCGACCGCUGGUAAGAAAGACACCGGCAAUGCAGAGUACAAAGAUUUCAUCGUUACUGGUGGUGUCGAUGAUACGGUCAAGAUUUGGGAUGUCCUGCCGGAUCGAAGCAAAUUCAAGCUUCGGAACACGUUCACCGGACAUUCGCUUGGGGUGGUCUCCGUGGACGUAAGCACAAGUGGCGAAGUUAUUGCAAGCAGUUCGCUAGAUUCAAGCCUAUGCAUUUGGAAAGCGGAAACGGGUCAGCUGAUGAAUCAAAUUUCGCUUGGGCCCGUGGAUUUAUGGACGGUUGCAUUUUCACCGUGCGAUAAGUACAUCAUCUCCGGUUCGCAUGAGGGUAAAAUUUCCCUUUACAGCGUGGAAACGGGUAAAGCCGAGCAGGUGCUCGAUCCUCAAAACGGAAAAUUUACACUAAGCAUUGCCUAUAGUCCUGAUGGAAAGUAUAUUGCUAGUGGUGCUAUUGACGGUAUUAUCAACAUUUUCGAUGUAGCUGCUGGUAAGGUCGCGCAAACGCUAGAAGGACACGCCAUGUCUGUGCGAAGCUUGUGCUUCUCACCCGACUCCCAGAUGCUGCUAACGGCUUCCGAUGAUGGCCACAUGAAGCUGUACGAUGUAGCACAUUCCGACGUGGUUGGUACAUUGUCCGGACACGCGUCGUGGGUGCUUUCGGUAUCGUUUUCUGGAGAUGGCAAAAACUUUGCCUCGUCCUCCAGCGACAAAACGGUCAAAAUCUGGAACGUUGCCGAGCGCCAAUGCCUACAUACGUUUACGGAACACGCGGAUCAGGUGUGGGGCGUGAGGUAUAGUCCCGAUAGUUCCAGCGUCAUUUCCGUGUCCGAAGACAAAUGCAUAAAUCUUUAUGAUUGCCCACCAAACGUCGUUUAG